AGAACUUCGGGAAGCCCCUGACCAGCCACCAGAGGACAGCAGAAGGUGAAGGGAAGGAGGUCACUGCUGAGUGUUCGUUUUAGACUUCACAGGCUGGUUUUUCCCUCCCCUGCUUCCUCCCAACAUGAGCCUGUGGCGGAGAUUGACCCUGCUGGUGUCCAAGGGGCGAAGUUUAGCCACAGCGCCGGCCAGCGCCGGGGGUCACCACGGGGACGGGACAGGAGCCAGGACAUGGAGGAUCCUGUCAUUUGUGGUGGCGCUGCCCGGCGUGGCUAUCUGCAUGCUGAACGCCUGGCUGCAGAUGGAGAAUCACCCCUACAAGCCCGAGGAGUUCGUGCCUUACCACCACCUGCGUAUUCGCACCAAGGCAUUCCCCUGGGCUGAUGGGAACCACACCCUCUUCCACAACCCCCACACCAACCCCCUGCCCACAGGCUACGAAGAAGCAAGGGGACAUCACUGAGCCACCCUCCCUCGGGUCCCCCGACCUAGUGACAAUAAACCUGAGUGGAUCUGUC